CAUCAAGAUGCAGUGAUUGACACAUGUAGAGUAUAUAAUAUAAUACUUUCAGGGAAUUUUCAUAUUUCAAGAAUAUAAAAUCAACCUGCAAUAUUCAAAACACUUAAAAGUCUUCCAAAGCCUGAUUUCAGAUUCGGUAUCUCACUCUUCAUUCACUUGAAAGAUAAUGGCCAAAGAUCAUGGAUUUGUCAUUGGAAUCGACCUUGGCACAACUUACUCGUGUGUUGCAGUAUGGAAGGAACAGCACUGUCGAGUGGAGAUCAUCCACAAUGAUCAAGGCAACAACACCACUCCUUCUUGUGUUGCUUUCACGACUCAUGAAAGAUUGAUUGGUGAUUCUGCUAAAAAUCAGGCUGCCACCAAUCCAGAGAACACCAUCUUCGAUGCCAAGAGGUUAAUUGGUAGGAGAUAUAGUGAUCAUGUUGUUCAAAAAGAUAUAUUGUUGUGGUCAUUCAAGGUCAUUGCUGGUACUAAUGACAAACCCAUGAUCGUCAUUAACUACAAGAAUCAAGAGAAAUACCUUUCGGCUGAGGAAGUAUCAUCUAUGAUCCUCACAAAGAUGAGGGAGAUUGCUGAGAACUAUUUGGAGUCACCGGUUAAGAAUGCUGUUGUUACUGUGCCUGCAUAUUUCAAUAACUCUCAGCGUAAAGCCACCAUAGAUGCUGGUGCCAUUGCCGGUCUCAAUGUUGUCCGAAUAAUCAAUGAACCUACCGCUGCAGCUAUUGCAUAUGGCCUUGACAAGAGAACUAAUUGUGUUGGAGAGCGAAACAUUUUCAUAUUUGACUUUGGCGGUGGUACUUUUGACGUGUCUCUACUCACAAUUAAGGAUAAGGUGUUCCAAGUUAAGGCCACUGCUGGAAACACUCACCUCGGGGGAGAGGACAUUGAUAACAGAAUGGUGAAUUACUUUGUAGAAGAGAUGAAAAGGAAAAACAAAGUGGACAUUAGUGGCAACCCAAGAGCCCUAAGGAGGUUGAGAACUGCAUGUGAGAGGGCAAAAAGGACACUCUCGUAUGCUGUUACUACCAACAUUGAGGUGGAUGCUAUAUUUCAAGGCAUUGACUUGUGUUCUUCCAUCACUCGUGCAAAGUUUGAGGAAAUCAAUAUGAAGCUGUUUGAAGAGUGUAUGAAUACUGUAGAAAGGUGUCUUAGUGAUGCUAAGAUGGACAAAAGCAGUGUGCAUGAUGUUGUGCUUGUUGGUGGUUCUUCUAGGAUUCCCAAAGUGCAACAACUAUUGCAAGACUACUUCAAAGGGAAGGAUCUUUGCAAGAGUAUCAACCCUGACGAGGCUGUUGCUUAUGGUGCAGCUGUGCAGGCUGCUUUGUUGAGUGAAGGCAUUAAGAAUGUUCCAAACUUGGUUCUGUUGGAUGUUACACCACUCUCACUCGGUAAGGAUAUAGUUGGAGAUAUCAUGAGUGUUGUGAUUCCUAGGAAUACUACUAUUCCUGUAAAGAGGACAAAAGAAUACAUGACAAUUGAAGAUAACCAACCCUCGACCCGGAUUAAAGUUUAUGAGGGUGAGAGAACUAGAGCCAGUGAUAAUAAUUUGUUGGGUUCUUUUGUUCUUUCUGGAUUUCCUCGGGUUCCUCGUGGCCAUGCUUUUUGUGUGACUUUUGCAUUAGAUGAAAAUAGCAUCCUUUCUGUUUCUGCUGAGGAUAAAACAACUGGUAGCAAGAAUGAGAUUAUCAUAACCAAUGACAGAGAAAGACUGUCAACGGUAGAAAUUAAUAGAAUGAUUCAAGAAGCCGAAUAUUACAAGGCUGAAGAUGAAAAGUUCCUGAGGAAGGCCAAAACAAUGAAUGAUUUGGAUUAUUAUAUUUACAAGAUUGGGAACGCCUUAAAGAAUGAAGAUAUCAUGUCAAAGCUUUGCUCCCAAGAAAAGGAGGACAUCAGUUCCACAAUUUCUAGGGCUAGAGAUUUGCUUGAUGUUGAUGGUAAUAUCCAGCAAGAUGAAAUAGUUGAUUUUGAGUAUUGUCUGAAAGAGCUUAUAAACAUCUUUGAACGCCUUACGGAAAUUGGCAAUGUUGGGUAGUUGUUUUUCAAUUGUGAUAGUGUUGCUGACUUGCCGUUUUAUGUGUUUUAAGUUCAAACUAUUGUGUAUAUCUGUUUUUAUCUUAAAAUAGCUUAAGUUUUGGUAACAUUGUAAUGGAUAUUUUGUUUAAAAUGUUACUGAGAAGAGAUUUGGAUUUACAUGUGAUGUAUCCUUGGAAUCGUUGAAUGCUUACACUGCUUGCUCGUUUUUAAGU